AUGAGCCUCUACAGCUUGCCGUCUGGGGCUCCACAGUCCUCCUCGACCAGCCUGAGCGGCGAGUCUCCGCUGGCCCCCACCGUCGGCGACCUCUCCUCGGCGGACCUCUUCAGCUCGGGCACUCCUAAUGGCAAUUCCGCGGGUGCUAUGAACGACAAUGUGAACGGGAACGCGACCGUGCCCACUUCUGCUUCAACUUCCGCCCACGAUCCUGGCUCCCAGUCUACUGCCGCCGCGGGCCCUGCCGUCCCCGCCGCUUGUCUGGCAUGUCGUAGCAAACACCUCAAGUGUGAUGGCCAGAAUCCCUGUACCCGCUGUGUGGCAUCUCAGUCCGAGUGCGUCUAUGUCGCCUCCCGACGGGGGUACAAAGGCCCGCGGCGAGGUACUGCUCAAAACCCCAACAAGCGGCACGCGUCCUCGUCUCCCGAUGCCUCAGACGUCACCUCCGCCGGCGGGCCCGAGAGCUGCCCCAUGUUGCUCGGGGCUACUGCCCCUGCACUGACAAGCGCCGGCUUCACGCCGCCCGUAGGCCUCGGCACCGACCCGAACUCGCCAUUCCUCUCGGCCGCCGCCUCUAUGAACCAUCUGCAGCUGUACAGGACCACACCCUUUGGCACGCCCAUCAGUGCCGUCCAGCACCAUGCUCCCAUCGUGCCCGUGACUACCAUCGCAGACAAGUGCUUUGACUCGUUCUACUAUCAUUAUCAUGCCUCCCACCCCUUCGUGCUGCCCAGAGAAUAUCUGUUCCGGCACAUACGGGAGAGCGGGCAAAAGCUAGAGCACCUACAGGCGGCCAUGAGAUAUGUCGGCUCUCUUUUCCUGGACGUUGGACCUGCUCGUGCUUCGUAUCUAGACGAGGCCCUACGGCUGACCUACUCUCCGAGCACUCCUAAAGACGGCUUCCUCGUUCAGACUCUGCUGUUGCUCAUCGUCGCGCUGGACGGAAGCUGCCAGCAGGACAAGGCUCGGGAUCUCCUGUCCGACUGCGAGAGGAUAGCGGUCGAGUUAGGCAUGAAUACGCGGCAAUUCGCCACGAUGCAUGGACGCGGCAGUCCCAUACUCGAAGAGAGCUGGCGGAGGACGUGGUGGGAUCUCUACGUAAUCGACGGAAUGGUAGCGGGCGUGCACAGGGUUACCAACUUCCUCCUCUUCGACCUGACGGCAGACGUGGCCCUGCCGUGCGAGGAGUCGGAGUAUAUCUUGGGGACUAUACCACAGCCCAUGUACAUGGAGGACUUUGACGACCAGCUCUUUUCCGGAGAGGACCGCCCGUUCUCUUCCUUCGCGUACCGCGUCGCCGCGAUCCGGAACCUCGGGCGCUUCAUGCGCUGUGGCCCCAUCAUGUUCCCAGAGGACGAGAACCUCGCCAAGAUGGAGGCUCACCUCACCAAUUGGAGGCUGCAUCUGCCGCCGGGGAAGAGGGACCCGGUGGACAAGAAUUGUCUGCACGAUGAGAUGAUGUUCCAGGGCCACUUCAUCACCACAGCAUGCACCAUCAUGCUCCACCAGCCGCACUCGCAGCUCGACUCCUCCCCAGCACGCAACGUCAACUCAUGCGCACCAUACCGCGCCGUGCCGUCAGGCGAGGCAUACAAUAUCCACACGCGUCACACGGUGACAGCCGCCGCGGACAUCUCCAAGAUGAUCACGGCGCCGGUGGCGCUGACGAGCCACACGCACUUCUUCACGUGCGUCAUCACCAUGAGCGCGAUCGUGCAGCUGUCCAAGUGGGCGCUGUACUUCCUGCAGGACGAGGACGACCUGCGGCAGCAGAUCCGGCUGAGCAUCGGCGCCCUGUCCAAGCUGUCGGGCGUGUGGAAGGCCGCCGACAACGCUGCCGGCCAGGUGCGUGGCGUCGCGCGCGAGAUCUACCGCGCCAAGAAGGCCCAGCAGAUCAACCCGGCCUUCUGGGUCGCCUUCACCCAGGAGGAGAUGAUCCAGAGCCUCAACGCCGACGAGGCUAUCAUUAGCGAGAUCGACUCCAUGCUCUCGCAGGUGUCUGGGGCGCCCGUGUCGGUUGCUGGCGCGCCUGGGGUGCUGGAGCACUAA